AUGGAAGUACUUAACGAUGUUGGAAAUGGACAAGUUCAUCAUUAUCUUAUUAAAAAUACAUUUGGAUUUGAUUAUGAUCAAGAUAUUAUUUGUUGUGGAGGAUUUUCUUAUCAUGAAAAACAAUUAAAAUUUAGUAGUGUUUGGUUAAAUGAAAGAAACCAAAAAGGUUGGGAAAGUGAUGGAUCAAAGUAUUUAAGCGGACCUGAACAAAUUUUAGUAGAAUAUUGUUUUGAAGAGUAUAAGAAAUUUGGUAGUCAUCAUAUAUUUAAAAUACCUAAUUAUAUCGAAAAGCAGUUGAUUAAUAGUGAGUUAAGGAUGUGGUCCUACCCAACAAAUGUUGGCUUGAUUUAA